UUUUUAGUGUCUCAACCAGAGUCUUUAACAUCAGAGGAUGAGGGGAAAAAAAUUAGUGCAAUCCGUAGGCGGUAGGCCCCAACUGUAUACAUAAUAUCCGAACGACAGGCAGGCCCAAGUUAAGGGUUGCAGCAGCGGGAAACCAAUUGAUGUUGGUGGUGGUGUUGCUGCGUAUAGGAGGUGGUGGGUCGGUUGCGCACUUGCCCCAGCAAGUUCGUUUAUUAAAGAAUAGGGAGAGUGGCCUAGCGAGGUCCAGAAGAGAGUAGGAAAAUUAGGGCUCGUCCAGUCCGCGCAGAUGACUCGCUUUGGUUAUCGUCUGCUGAUCCUUGUGCACUGCAACGCAAUAUCUCAAUAAAGAAGGUAACGGGAAACGUCUUUCACCUCUCAUUUGCUCAAGUCUUACUUAUUACUAUUCCACAUGCCAGAGCAAAUACAUGAAUUUGAGAGACAGAGCAUCUGCGUAUGUGAGAGUGUCUUGAGUCUCUGAGAGAGUUAGAAGAGAGAGAGAUCUUCGUUCUUCUCCUUGCCCUUUUCUAUUUUUUUUUUCUUGGGGAAAUAUAAAAAUUGAAACAUCAUUACCUUUUUAACAGGGGUAGCCUCACCCGUCACCAUCCUCUCCUUUUUAUUUCCCACGGGAGUACCCUUGUGCUCGCCUCUUUUUCUUACCCCCUCCCUCUUUUUCCUUUUUCUUUGCUGCAGUGGACAGCAUUAGUACCGAAGUACCAUAGUCAGUCACAAGAGCAAGGGUGGGGGGACGGAGGAAGGAGGAGGAGGCCGCUGUCAAGUUCAAGGUAGUUGGUAUUCUCACUGGAGAGCGAGUUCGUGUGUGGGUGCUUGUGAAUUUCAAACAUUUGGGAGGGCUGCGUCUCCAUGGACGCCUAUGAAGCAACACGGAUAGUGUUCUCCAGGAUCCAGAGCUUGGAUCCGGAAAAUGCCUCUAAAAUCAUGGGACUUCUCCUAAUCCAAGACCACGGAGAGAAGGAAAUGAUCCGGCUGGCCUUCGGACCCGAGGCUCUUGUGCACUCUGUGGUCCUCAAGGCCCGCAAGGACCUAGGCCUUUCGUCGAACACACCGUCGACGCCAUCGACCCCCUCGUCUCCAUCACCUUUCCUCUCCAGGCAGAACUCUUCUUCGUCACGGAUGCUCUCCAGCAACGGUCCAAACCUUCCACCUACCCUCACUACGAUGGCCUCCUCUUCUUGGACACCACCAUCGGCCUUCUGCGACAUCCAGGCAUCGGACGACCUGAUCAGUCCCAAUUCCGCCACCGCCUCCGCCUCCGCCUCAUACGCGGCAGCAGCAAGCGCCAACAUGGUUGUCGCUUCUUCAUCCUCGUCUUUGUACUCGACUUCCUUAACUUCUCCUUUCUAUGGCUACGGUAGUGACGUCCCCGUCGAUGAAUUCCAGCUUCAAGACCAACUCUCCUUCCUCAGCGAUGCCUCCUCCACACUAGGCCCCAAGACUGCUACUGACCUAUUCUAUCCACAACCGGAGACAGUGGCGAGUCCCAACGGCCGCACUGGAGGGGACGCUACGCUUUUCCCUUCUUACGCGGCUGCUGCCGCCGGUGCCACCAGCUGGGGAACUACUAUAGAUGGACACCACCGGCGGAGCUGCUCCGUCAACGACAUCUGUUUUGGGUCCGAAGCUGGGUCAGGAUAUGGGUGGAAGCCAUGCCUCUACUUCGCCAGGGGCUAUUGCAAGAACGGAAGCAGCUGCAGGUUCCUCCAUGGGCUCCCCGAUUCCUCGCCAGUGGUCGCUGAUGCUGCUGCUAUGGGGUCCUCGCCGAACAAGCUUGACCGCCUUGACGUGGUGGAACAGUGCCAAGAACUCCUCAGAUCCAAAAGUACCCAACAGCGAUUGGUCAACUCGUCGCAGCUCAUGGCCUCGGCCUCUUUCCCAUAUGGCACUGCUACCGCCGGCAAAUGCAUGAAUUUCUUGCUGCAACAGCAGCAGCAGCAGCAACAGCAGAACGACACCACCCAGAGGACUGCGGCCGGCUUGAUGUUGGGCGAAGACAUACACAAAUUAGGCCGGUCACGACUUGAAAGGAAUGAUUUUUCAACGACAGGUGGAGGAAUGGUGAACCCGGGAUCCAGGCAGAUUUAUCUAACGUUCCCAGCUGACAGCACCUUCAGAGAAGAGGAUGUCUCCAAUUACUUCAGCAUUUACGGUCCUGUACAAGACGUGAGGAUCCCUUACCAGCAGAAGCGAAUGUUUGGGUUCGUUACGUUCGUGUACCCGGAGACGGUGAAGCUCAUCCUGGCCAAAGGGAACCCGCAUUUCGUAUGCGACGCUCGGGUGCUUGUGAAACCCUACAAGGAGAAGGGGAAAGUUCCAGACAAGUACAGGAAGCAGCAACAAUCUGAGAGAGGAGAGUUCUCGGCAUGUUCUAUACCUACCGGUGUUGACAUUAGAGAUGCCUACGACCUGCAGCUCGGACCAAGGAUGUUCUACGAUGCCCAGGACAUGUUGUUGAGGAGGAAAUUAGAAGAUCAUGCCGACUUACGUCAAGCCUUGGAACUCCAGGGACGGAAAUUGAUGGGUCUACAGCUUCUCGACGUGAAGAAGUAUCAUCACCACCACCACCAUAGUCUGUCCACUGGCGCUCAGGUUGCCUCCCCAACUCAAAAUCACGUCAAUCAUACCUUUGUUCUUCCUUCCGAGCGGGGAAGUCCGGAGGCCCCAGAAGAGAACUGUGCAAACGCUGAGACAACCAUUUAUGGUGCUGCUGAUCGACAGUUACGUCAGGCAGCCAAUUCCGACGAAGAAUCCAUAGGGGAAGACGAAAUUGGCAACGGCAAGGAGAAGAGGCCCAAUCAAGAAGACAGUAACUUCCAAGAUGGGGUGGAGCAUUAUCUCCCAGACAGUCCCUUCGCGUCUCCCACGAAGUUUGGCGAACCCACUUGUGUCUCCACCGCCAGUGAUGCGGCAUUGGCUUCAGAGAGCGGUGCCGCUUUAGCUUCGUCUUGUAACAGUAAACUGAUCACCACCUCGUUGUUGCCUGCAACGUCGACCCUGGACGUUGCUUCCUUCAAAUCAUGUUUCUUUCAGAUGCCCAGGUUUCCUUCCGGACACGGAGCCAUAGGAAUGUAGGGAAAGGAAGGAUGUAGUGGAAUGGGCAUCCUCUUGCUGCUCGGAAGAUAUGAUCCAGAAAGUGAGGAAGAUGCAGUUUAUCUGUGUGAUCAUCGCUUUAAUAAGCUGCCGACACAUGUAGAGAAGAUGAUUUAUGCGAGACAGACGCGGUCACGUAGAGAACGAGUUGGUCCUCAUCCUCAUUCUCAUCCUCAUCCUCCGUACUAUAUCAAACCAUUUAUUAUUACACACAACAUGCAUGCAUACAUACAUACAUAACAGACAGAUGUACUGACCUUGAAAGUGACGUGAGUCAUCCGAUACCCACCACAUCGCUCUUUUUAUGUUUUUUCCUCAACUUUCUGCCUCUCUUUCGCUCUGCUCCUAAGUGUCUGUCUCUGUCCGGCGGCCUCUUUAUUUCUCUUUUCACCUUAUUUUAUAUACAUAUAUUUCUCCGUUAAGAGGAGGACCACAAUCGACUUGGAGAGAAGACGCCAACGACGUAUUUAUAUAUUUGAUUUCUUUUACCCUUUUAAAUUUACCACAACUAGUGCGGUGAAGACAAAAGAGCCUAUGAAGAGCACGAACAGAGAUUUCCCGGCAGGAAGAAUCAAAUUACAAGCGGAAGCCAAAACAGAAAGCAGUAGGAGCUGAAACUUCAAAGGUGCGAUAAAAGAACGAUGGCAUGAUAUUGGUUGGAGGGACGGGGAAAAGCACAUUAAAGUCUCGGGACUCGACUCAGCUCAGCUUACGGCUCAUGUUAGCCGAAUGACCAACGGGGAAUUUCCUUUUGUUUUACUUCUUGUUGUUAUUGGUAUACGCAGAAUCAUCAUCGUUGGGUCAUCAAUUAAACAAACAGAAAAACAGGGAAGGAAAACAAAAUAAAAAUACUGAGGUGUUGUGGGUGGGUGAGAUAAGAGGAGAGAGUAGCUUCAUCAUUUUUAUUAUCUUUUUGUUAUUGUUUUUUUCUUUAUUACAGCCAUAAAAGAGUCUGUCCUAUACUUUA